AUGGACAAAGAAAAGCUCGCCCAGCUGCUGCAGGGCAGCCAAGUACCCAACACGGAGCAGGUGAAGCUCAUCACCGCCGAUCUCCAAAAGAACUACUACACAAAGCCGGAGUCUCUCCUUGCCCUCAUCGAGAUCUCUCUGACCCACGGCGAUGCCGGCAUCCGCCAACUGGCCUCGGUCCAGGCCCUCCGCAUCGUGCCCAGGCACUGGGAGAAGACGCCUCAGGACCAGCGCCAGCUUGCCCGCCAGCACCUGCUUGAAGGUGCCCUCAAGGAGAACACUAGCAUGGUCCGCCACUCCCAGGCUCGCCUGAUUGCUGGUGUUGUUGGCAUCGACAUGGAAGAGGGCGAGGGUGACGAGUUCCUUAAACAGCUGCUGCCCCUCAACAACAGCGACAACGUCGUUGCCCGUGAGGUUGCCUCUUUCAUCCUCUACGCCAUGCUUGAGGACGACCCUACCCACUUCAGUGACCAUACUCAUGAGCUCCUGAAGCUCUUUCAGUCCCGCAUUGAGGACCCUCAGAGCAAGGAGGUUCGCAUCAACGUUGUCCGUGCCAUCGGCGCUAUUCUCAUGAUCGUGGAACCCGAGGAAGACACACAGGCUGUCAGCUACAUCCAGGGCUUCCUUCCUGCCAUGGUCAAUAUUCUCAAGGCUGCCGUCGAGGCUGAGGACGACGAGAGCUACAAGAUCGUCUUUGAGGUCUUCCAGUCCUUUAUCGCCUACGACUCAGCCCUUCUUGGCCACCACCUCAAGGACCUUAUUGAGUUCAUGCUCCAGCUCGCUGCUAACAGCGAUGCUGAUGAUGACGCCCGCAACCAGGCCCUUGCCUUCCUUAUUCAGUGUGUUCGCUACCGUCGCAUGAAGAUCCAGGCUAUGAAGGAUGUUGGUGCUCAGUUGAUGAUCCAGGCCAUCCAGAUCGUCACUGAGCUCGACACCGAGGACGAGGAGGAGCUUACCCCCUCUCGCAGCGCCAUCAGCCUUAUUGACACGCUCGCGAGCGAACUGCCUCCCCGCCAGGUUGUCGUGCCUCUGCUCGAGAAGUUUCCCACCCUUGCCACUAGCCAGGACCCCCAGCACCGCCUGGCUGCCAUCUUGGCCCUUGGAAACGCUGCCGAGGGUGCCCCCGACUUCAUCUCUACCCAGCUCCCCCCCCUUCUGCCCACCAUCAUCAACCUCCUCAACGACCCCGUGGCCUCCGUCCGGUACGCCUCGCUUGUCGGCUUGAUUCAUCUUGCCGAGGAGAUGGGUGAUGAGAUGACCUCGCACCAUGAGCCCAUCAUCUCUGCUGUCCUCAAGAACCUCGAGGCUGCCGCACAGGGCUCCUCUGACAAGACCAACGUGGCCAUCAUACGCUCUGCCUGUGGUGCCCUCGACACCUUCGGAGACGGUAUCGACACCAAGAUCAUGGCUCAGUACGGACCCAGCCUGAUCGCCCCCAUGAUCAAGCUUCUGGACCACGACGACCACGGUGUCAAGUGCUCCGCUGCCUCUGCUAUCGGUGCUAUCGCUGCUUCAAUGACCGACGAGUUUCAGCCUUACUUCAAGGACACCAUGGAGGCGCUGGGCAGGUUCGUUGUCGCUCACGAGAACGAAGACGCUCUUGAGCUUCGCAGUGCUACCUGCGACAGCAUGGGUCGCAUCGCACUCGCCGUCGGUGCCCAGACUUUCCAGCCCUAUGUCGUCAAGCUGAUGGAGGCCAGCGAGAGUGCUCUGGCCCUCGACAACCCCCGCCUGAAAGAGACAAGCUUCAUCCUCUGGUCCAACCUGUCCAAGGUGUACAAGGCUGAGUUCGGCCACUUCCUUCAGGGUGCCUUCAAGGGCCUGUUCCACUCCCUGGACCUCGAGGAGGAGGAGAUCGAGCUUCCUGGAAUCGAUGCCAACCAGCUCGGCGAUGGUCACAUUGUCGUCGGCGGCAAGCGCGUCAAGGUCAAGGCCCCCGAGACCCAGGAGGAUACGACCAUUGCCUCUGGCGAUGACGAUUGGGAUGACAUUGAGGAUCUCGAUGACCUUGGUGCUGUCACUGCCGUCGCCCUCGAGCAGGAGAUUGCUCUCGACGUUCUCGGCGACCUGAUUGCCAACUCAUGCUCUAGCGCUGAGCUCGAGACUUACGUUGAGCAGACGCUCGAGAAGGUCACCCCCUUUGCCGAGCACACCUAUGAGGGAUGCCGCAAGACUGCCAUCUCCACCCUCUGGCGCAUCUACGCCCGUGUCUUCCAGGUUUGGGAGGAAGGCUCUGGGGCCAAGUGGGAGGCCGGUAUGCCGCCUACGCCCACCCCUCCUGCGUCCAUCAUCACCAUCGGCCAGGCUAUUAUCAAGGCCACCAUGAGCAUCUGGACUGAGGACAGCGAACGCUCUGUCAUAACCGACAUCAACAGGAACGUGGCAGCCACGCUCAAGGCCUGCGGCCCCGCCGUUCUGGCCGCCACCGACGGUGCCCUCCAGGAGGUUGUCUCCAUCAUCAGUCUCCUCAUCACUCGCUCUCACCCUUGCCAGCAGGACCUUGGCGACGAGGAGGAGGAGCAGGACAUCGACGCCGGAUCGUCCGAGUACGACUGGCUCGUGGUGGACACUGCGCUUGACGUAGUUGUCGGCCUGGCCGCUGCUCUUGGCCCGGCUUUCGGUGAGCUCUGGAAGAUCUUUGAGAAGCCUAUUCUCAGGCUCGCCAGCUCUACCGAGGACCUCCACCGCUCCACGGCCGUCGGCACUAUCGCCGAGAUCGCCAAGUACACCGGUGAGGCUAUUACGCCCUACACCGAGUCUCUCGGAUCAGCUCUCGCCCGUCGUCUCAGUGACCCGGACGCUCUGACCAAGUCCAACGCGGCCUACGCCAUUGGCCUGCUGGUUCUGCAGUCAGCCGACACGGCUAAGACGAUCCCCAUGUUCCCUCAGAUCUGGGAGAGGCUUGAGCCCCUUCUGUCGGUCGAUGAGAUGCGCAUGACGGACAACGUCGCGGGUGCCCUCAGCCGCAUGAUGCUCAAGAACCCCAACGCUGAGUUUGUCGCUCAGGCUCUUCCUUCCAUUAUCAAUGUCCUCCCGCUCAAGGAGGAUUAUGAGGAGAAUGCGCCCAUCUACCAGAACAUCUACCAGCUGUAUGACCAGUCCAACCAGACUGUCCAGCAGCUCACGCCCCAGAUCCUCUCCAUCUUGGAGAAGGUGAUGGGUCCUCCCGAGGAACAGCUUGAGCCUGAGACGCGCGAGCUGCUCAAGAGGACCGUCCAAGGUCUGUACAAGCAGCAGGCCGGUCUGUUUGCCAACAGCGGCAACCUGCUCUCUCUGGCUGGCGCUCAGUAA